UUGUUCCUGUAUUCGAAACUUGAAACUCCACCUUUAGGAGCGAAUGCACGCGGACGUCACCAGUGUGGAAGUGCUUUAAGCUGUGACGAGGGAUUUCCUGCAGCUCAAGGAGCCAGUAGUGAGAAACCCCACGCAUGCACCAAGUGUGGGAAAGCCUUCUUCUGCAGAUCGGCCCUCAUGGUGCAUCACGGGGUCCACACGGGGGAGAAAUCCUUUGCGUGCAGUGAACGGGGGCGUGGUUCCAGGGAGAAAGUUUGCCCCGACAAACAGGGAACUCAAACAAAGGAGAAACCCUGUAGAGACGGCAGAAGGGGUAAAACGAUCUUCCAGAAGACCCGCCUCUGUGUCCCGGGGACAGUUCACGCGGGAGCAAAGCCUUACAGGUGUUCCGAGUGCGAGAAAACCUCCCACAAGUCGCGCCUCAUCGAGCACCGUAGCUCCCACACUAGGGUGAAGCCCUACGACUGCAGGGUAUGCGGGCGGUCCUUCUCCCGGAAAUCGUGUCUCCUCAUCCACGCCAGAAUCCACGCGGGGGAGAAGCCCUAUGGCUGCAGGGAAUGCGGGCGGUCCUUCUCCCGGAAAUCGUGUCUCCUCAUCCACGCCAGAAUCCACGCGGGGGAGAAUCCCUACGGCGGCAGUGCUGUCUCUUAUACACAUCUAGAUGUGUAUAAGAGACAGGAAGAGCCACAGAUUCACCGCUGA